UUUGACUCGGAUACCGGCCACGAGGUGGCUCCACCAGCGGUACCCAGCAGCGGGAGGUAGAAGCAGUCAUCGGGGCGUCUUCGCACCGCGAGCAUCGUGUGCGUGUACCUUCUUUACGCGUUCCCGCAAAUACGCUGUAAUCAGUGAAGGAAUAUGUGACGCGCGAACGAGCUCGUUUCUACGUCGUGCAAUCGGUGUACCGCACGGAGGACGAGUACCGGUAAGGGCGCGCACACACCACGACACACCUCGGGAUCGGUCUCGGUACACAGCUCGGUACAUCGUCCGAUCGCCUUGCCAAUGAUACCGGGGGAACACGGGAGACGCGCGUUCCAGAGGUUAAUCCGGGACGAUUGUAACGGCGUUGGAGGAUGCAGCAGCAACAGCAACAGCAGCAGCAGCAGGAACAGCAGCAGGACCAAGAACAACAGGAGCAACGAAGACUCGUAAUGGUGCCAACCACCUCGUCCACGUCGACCGCGCUCGCGGCGGAGUUGCGGGAAACGGACGUUGCGGGCCUCGCGACCGGCUCCGAACUGCUCCAAAGUUUCACCCUGCGGUUGCAGGGCGCUCUUCUGUCCGCGCUGCAACGAGCGGCGCUUCUGCCACCGGGGCACGCGGCCGCGGCGGCUCUGAAUCUGCAGGCACUGGACACGUAUCUCACGUUACAUCGUCUUCACGCGAGCGGCGCGACUUCCGGCAUCGCGCAAACAGCGAGUGGCACCGCGACGGUCGUCGGCAAUCAGAGAUGCGCGUCGUUGAGCGCGAACGUCGACGCCGCCGCUGUGAAGACCGACCACUUGACGGCCGAUCAGCUACUUCGAUCGGCGGCCGCUUCGAUCGGUGAGGACGACGAGGCCCGGUUGGAUUUCGUGACCGACGCCGAGGAAGACCUGGCGCUUCUCGAAGAGGAGGAGAUUCUGUUGCGCGAAGCGCCCGGCUCGGUUGCUUCUUCCGCGAAUCACGAGCUGCUUUUGCGAAGAAUAUCCGAAGGAAAUCGCGCGAGCACGUCGUCGACCAGCACGACGACGGUCUCCCAAUCGUCGUCCUUGAUCGUCCCGGCGUCUCUGACCUCGUCGGGUUGUUCCUCAGCCUCGUCCUCGUCGUCGUCCUCGUCGUCCGCGCAACACGCCUCGUCGGCCGCGGUGGACUCGAGUGUACCAAGGACUUGCCGCACGUCCAGACCUAAGAAACAGUUCAUUUGUAGGUUCUGCAGCCGCCAGUUCACAAAGAGCUAUAAUUUGCUGAUCCACGAGAGAACGCAUACCGACGAGCGACCGUAUUCGUGCGACAUAUGCAACAAGGCCUUCCGACGGCAGGAUCAUCUGAGAGACCACAGGUACAUCCACAGCAAAGAGAAACCGUUCAAAUGCGCCGAGUGCGGCAAAGGAUUUUGCCAGAGCAGGACCCUGGCUGUUCACAAAAUUUUGCACAUGGAGGAGUCGCCGCACAAGUGUCCGGUCUGCGCGCGUAGUUUCAAUCAGCGCAGCAACCUGAAGACUCACCUUCUCACGCACACGGACAUCAAGCCCUAUCACUGCACCUCCUGCGGCAAGGUCUUCCGCAGGAACUGUGAUCUGAGAAGACACUCGUUGACUCACAACCUGGGUGUAUCCACGUCGCCACCGCCGACGGGAAUACCCGUUUCCGGUUCGAGCACCAUUGUUCUUCAAGAGACAUCUUAGUGCGUCUUCGUUACACGGACUCUUCAUCACGACGAGACAAUUUUGUCGCCCGCGGCGGGCGUUUUUUUUUGUUCAACGUGGACGGAUCUGAACCGAUCAUCGUUUCCGAAAAGGACUUGCAAUCAAUUCGCACAUGUGCGCGGCUACGUUAAGGUUUCGAUCUCUAUACUCGAGCUCGCCAAGCUCUCACACACAUUGUAUCUAUACUUGACUUAUCUAUAUAUAUAUAUACAUAUAUAUAUAUAUAUAUAUAUAUCUAUCAUUGUUAAUGUUUAGAGCGUAAUCAUUGUUAUCACGAUAAGAUCGUAUGCACACACGUUUAGACUUGUAUAAUUGAUUUUAUGUACGCGCGACACGCAGGUGCUGAUACUCGGGAAACGACGAGAGGGACCUGCUCGUCCGUUUUUUUUUUUUUUCGGAUCGUGUACUCGCUGCACGUGUUUGCUGUACGUUGUGUUUUUCCUUGUGUGUAAAAAAAAAAUAAACCUUUAUUAUUA